GUCUUAUUGUUUACGUUAAUACACAGCCUCGAGUGUAUGACUCGUACGAGGGGCACUUUAAGGCAGCAUCACAUGUAAACAUUUUGUAACGUAUCAUGGCUGCCCCGUUGGUCAGGAUUAUCUCAAAGUCGUGCAGACAGAUCUCUCGACCAUGGGGUGCAUGCCGGGCUGGAUGGAGGAGCUUGUCCAACACGCCUGUCCCAGACAUGGCUUCAGACCAGGCAGCUGGGAUGGUCUCCUUUCCUCCCCUUCAGACGUAUUCAGACGAGGAGAACAUGAUGAGGGAAGCAGUGAAAAAGUACGCCCAAGAGCGCAUUGCUCCGUUUGUGUCGAAGAUGGAUGAAAAUUCGGCCAUGGACGAGGAAGUGAUCAAAUCUCUCUUUGAACAGGGUCUCAUGGGCAUUGAGAUUGAGCCAGAGUAUGGCGGCACUGGCUCCACAUUCUUCUCCUCCAUUCUGGUCAUUGAGGAGCUGGCCAAGGUGGACCCCUCUGUGGCCGUGCUCUGCGACAUCCAGAACACGCUGAUCAACACACUGUUUGCCAAACUGGGUACGCCUGCUCAGAAAGAGCAGUACCUCAGCCGACUGUCGACUGACAUGAUCGGAAGCUUCUGCCUCUCUGAAGCAGAGUCAGGAAGCGAUGCCUUUUCUCUAAAGACACGUGCCGAGAAACAUAAAGACUAUUACAUCAUUAACGGAUCCAAGAUGUGGAUCAGCAACGCAGAGCAUGCUGGUGUUUUCCUGGUGAUGGCCAAUGUGGACCCAUCUGCUGGUUACAGAGGAAUCACCUGCUUCAUCGUGGACCGGGACACGGAGGGGCUUGAGAUUUGCAAGAAGGAGAACAAGCUUGGCCUGCGUGCUUCCUCCACCUGCCCGCUCAACUUUGACAACGUCAAGGUACCAGAGAAGAACAUUUUGGGACAGGUCGGUCAUGGGUACAAGUACGCCAUUGGAAUGCUGAACGAGGGCAGGAUUGGAAUUGCUGCUCAGAUGCUUGGACUGGCACAGGGCUGCUUCGAUCACACCAUUCCUUACACAAGACAGAGGGUGCAGUUUGGAAAACGAAUCUUUGACUUCCAGGGCAUGCAGCACCAAAUCGCCCACGUAGCGACACAGAUUGAAGCUGCUCGGCUGCUGACGUACAACGCUGCUCGUCUGAAGGAAGCCGGUAGGCCUUUCAUUAAGGAGGCCUGCAUGGCUAAAUACUUCUGCGCAGAGCUUGCAACCCUAACUACAUCUAAAUGCAUUGAAUGGAUGGGUGGGGUAGGCUUCACCAAAGACUACCCCAUUGAGAAAUACUACAGAGACUGUAAAAUUGGUACCAUUUAUGAAGGGACAACAAAUGUCCAGCUAUCUACAAUUUCUAAGUUCAUUGAUAAGGAGUUUGAGCACUGAGACCAUUUGACAGCAGCCUGAUGGAUUCCACUCUGCUGUGUUGCACUCCAUUUUCAUUUCCUCAAAUGACCUUGGUCGUUGCUGGAUAUUUGCCUUUCGUGUCUUCCAAAAGUUUGUCCUCGAUCACCAACUCUUACUCGUGUUUAAGUAGUUCCUAAAACUGUUACUGAUGUGGUUACAUUUUCCCAGCUUUAGGGUUAAAGUUGCUUUUUUUUUUUUCUUCAGGCCUUUACAAGAGUCUAUGAUUAAGUUAGUCGUAUGUAGACCUCUUCCCUCUUUUCAUAUUGGUCCUCAUGUGCUUAUUGAGUUAUAGUGAUGCGUCUCAUCCAACUCAUCCACAUAGUGCAAUAUUGGAAUGCUUUUUUAAAAACUUUUAUUUAAUAUUCCAGUGCCUUCAGAAGGUCUGCCAUGAAUGAGGUCAAUCACUUAAAAGUGUCUUUUAUGAACUCUGAGUCUCUGAAAAUGGACGUGUUGUAACACUCAUAUGCUCCAUAAAUACUGUACAGUUUGUUGUAGAGAAAAUAAGGAAGUGAUUUCACACAUUAUCACGAAGCUAUCUGUAAGAAGUGAUCUGUCAAAAUCAUUAGUGAUAUCAAUAAAAGUAUGCUGUUGUGCAGUGAA